CGACGACAUGCAACUGAUCCUUGUUGGAUUCGCAAGAUACGCCGUGUCUGUGUCCCUUCCUCCAGUAUCCGCUAGAUCCGAGGUUGAGAUCAGGCCGACAGCCCCCUAAAGCAAUACCAGAUAUAUAUAUAUAUAUAUAUAUAUGACCACUGCAUCGACUUAGCAUCACACCACUCUCCCUGAGACUACUCCGUACGAAAAAGCUCUCCCACCAUCACCGAAUAUUAGCACAGUCUCUGCUUAAGCUCGCUCCUGCAUUGAUCGACCACCUUCACAAUGGUUCGUCUCUCGGACGUCAAAGUGGCAAACAGGGACUUCAUCGCCUCUCUCACAGAACCCCUCGUCGCCGUCUUCGUAGGCGGCACGUCAGGCACAUGCCAAUACGCUCUUCACGCACUGAUAUCCACCACCGCUUCAGUGAACAGUAAAACAAACGACAAACCUCUCCAAUUGCGCAUAUACAUCGUCGGGCGCAACCAAAAGGCCGCCGACGAGACGAUCGCCGAGUGCACCAAGGCGUGUCCGAGUGCGAAAAUCACCUUUGUCCGAGCCAAAGACCUCGCUCUUCUCAAGGACGUUGACCGGGUGUGCGCCGAAAUCACCAAGCUUGAAAGCGCCGCCACUGGCGCAGAAGGGGAUGGGAAUGGGAAACCGAGGAUCGACCUCUUGGUCAUGAGCCAAGCCGGUUCCAUUUUCGUAACGAGGAAAGACACGCCCGAAGGUCUCGACAACCUAAUGUCGCUGAUGUACUAUUCCCGCAUGCGCUUCAUCGACCGUCUACUCCCACUCCUCUUGGAAUCUCGUCUUCCUCGAGGGUCUGGAGGAAGUGACGGCGGUGGAGGAGGAGGAGCACACGUCAUCUCCAUCUACGCACCUCGUACCGAAGGCACAUUGUUUCCCGACGACCUCUCCCUGCGCCAGCCGGGUCACUUCACGUACCUCAACGCGCGCUCACACAUUGCGUACUUCAAGACGGCCUUUUUCGAGACCCUCGUCGCCAAGUACCCCGGCAAACUGAGCUUCUGCCACGUCUUCCCGGGUCUCGUCCACACUCCCGGGUUCAAGAACCCGGAUUUGCCGACGUGGUUCAAGGUGGUCUUUGCCGUCGUGGGCAGGCCGCUCAUGUGGUUCGUGGGGACGUCGCAUGCCGAGAACGGUGCGAGGAUGUUUUACAUGGCCACGCCGCACUAUCCGGCCGGCGGCGGCAGCGCGCCCAAGACCAAAGGAGAUGAGGAAAGUUUUGCCAUGGGCGCCGAUGGGAAAAGGGGGAGUGGCGUGUACUUGGUCUUCAAUGACAAUGGAACCGAGUCGAGAGAAAAAGUGUACGCGAAGAGUCCCGUCAAGAAAGAUGAGCUGAGGGAAAUGGUGUGGAGGCACACCAUGUGUGCGUUUGAGGAGAUUGAGAAGGGAAAGGUAUUUCAAGGGUAGAUAGCCAGGAGUAAAUGGAAAAGUUGAACUAGAUCGAUUUAUACCUUGUUUACGACUGGGUUCAU